CUUGAAGCUGAUAUACUUAGUUAUAGGGGAGGAAAGGAGGGAGGAGGGAGUUAGUCUGUGGCAACAGAUGUGUCACUACUGUUCCUAGUUUGUUGUGCUCGGUGUUUUGUGGGUGGUGUGUGAACCACGAUGCCGCGACUUCCCAUCUUCACUGUGGACGCCUUCUCCUCUCAGCCCUUCAGCGGCAAUCCUGCAGCCGUCGUCCCCCUCACGCAGGAACUGGACACCUCCAUCAUGCAGAAGGUGGCCACGGAGAUGAACCUGUCAGAGACAGCAUACGUGCGGCCUCUGGAUGCUGGAGGAGACAAUCCUUGGGCCAGCUGUAGCCGCUACUCCCUCAGGUGGUUCACACCCAUUAAGGAAAUCCCUCUGUGUGGACACGCCACCCUUGCCACAGCCCACGUCAUCUUCAAUAACCUUGGUCACUCUGGCGGUCAGGUAGAAUUUGAAACACUGAGCGGCACCUUGACUGUGCGUAAGGACGGUGAUCAAAUCGUCAUGGACUUUCCCAACAACGAGGCUACAAGUUUAACAGACGAGGAAGCUCAGCGUCUUAAGCCGCUGGUGAUAGCCACUUGUAGUGGAAUGACAGUGCAGGAAGUGUUACUGUGUCGAACCCUCAAGUACCUUCUGGUUCGCCUCGACGAUUGUUAUUCCAGUAAAGACCUGGAAGAACUCUUGCCAGAUUUUUCCGGAAUGAAGCGAGCCCACGAUGGAUCUCAGGUGAUGGCAGUGAUAGUGACCGUGCCGGGGAAGAAAGACCUCUUGUAUCACGCCUUCUCCCGAUUUUUUGCGCCUUUGUACGGCGUGGACGAGGACCCAGUGACAGGGUCAGCCCACACGGUGCUGGGGCCGUACUGGGCGAAGCACUUAAACACCAACAGCCUCACUAUGAGGCAGUGUGGGCAGCGUGGUGGGGACGUGCGGGUGAGGAUGCGCGGCGCCGAUCGCGUGGACCUGGCCGGCCCUGCCACCACCGUCCUGCAAGGGCACAUCAAUUUCUGAGCAUCACCACCAUCAAUUAUGCACCACUGACAGCAAUUUAAGCAAGGAAAACUCAUCCAUGCGUUGGAUUCAUAUGAGUAGAUAAAGUCGCAGUCAGAAAAUAAUCUCAGCUCAGUUCCAUUGUGUAUUGCUUGCUUAAUCCCUUUGUCUAAUCUGCGAACAAUGCCCUUUCAUUUUGACUGAUUCAUAGCAGAUAAGGUAACGGUUGAGAGAAAAUGCUAAACUUGGUAGUGAACAUGUCAUGAAAAUGAUUUAUUGGCGUGCAUUGUGGGAGGAAACAUCGGCUGUCUGCCUUCUUUUGCCCUUCAUUACUGACAAACGCCCAGAAAUAAUGAUAUAUAUUGCUAAUAUAUACAUAUAACUUUUAUAUAGAACAUUAAACAUAUCAAUCAAUCAAUUACCCAUCAUUUUCUUAACGGUAUUUGACAUUACUGCAAUUAGACAGUCACACUACUUUCGUCACUUUACAAAAAAUGUUAAAGACAUUUAUAAAAACUAUAUUCGACGUUGUUUUAAGAAGUAAAUCUCAGUAAAUAAUUGGACUAAUCAAUAAUGCACUGCUUCAAUAUUGAACAUGUUCCUUAAUAAUAGAUUCAUUAAAUAGUCGAAAAUAGUUUAAAUAAUGUAAAGGUUGUAGAAAAUAGUGGUGAAAUGUAAAUGUAGAAAUUGAAUUUCUCGUGUAUAUGGCAAAAAAUAAAUAAAUAAAUAGAUAAA